AUGAAGGGCGAGCUUGCACGUGCGUAUGGCAUGUGCAAUCUCACAACGUCCAUCUGGGACGGCAAGAUUGAUGGCAUAUUACGUAUGGAAGGCGGCUUCGAGAUCAUACUUUGCGAAUUCGAGAAGCAUCUCAAAUUGGCAGAUGUGAUGGCCGUCACAUCGCACCGCGGCCAACAGGGCUUCCUCGGCGGAUGGUCCUACCUCGAAGCUAUCACGAGCCGGUACCAUGGUAUCGGAGGAGAUAGGGUCACGUUGAACUACGAUAGCUUCAUCAGUGUGUUCGCGUAUCCGGACAUUGAUGAUCUCUUCGAUAAUGACGUGCAUUCCGACUACGACAUGCCGCGUCUACAGAAUGUUGAGGUAUCAGAUCUCCUGCGUGUCAGAAGUGAUCUCACAAGCAUGAUCUUACGAGAUGAUGACCGGAUAACACGUAACUGGCAAGCCGUUGCAGAUAUGGUGGUGGCGCGCUACAGCAAGCCACUGCAUUACCUCCACACUGACAAGCAGAUUCGGCUUGACGAGAAAGCAUUGGCAGAGUUUCUAGAGCUUUUGAUGUCGCCAUUUAUUGACUACACGGAGAGGAACUCGACAUCAGAAGUGAGACGCUGCGUUGCACAAGUUAUUCUAGUGCAGACUGCAACUAGUCUUGCACACAGAACGAUCCAUGAGAUUACAGAUCACAUAUGCAGCACUCUCUUCGAGGCUCUAUCAGCUGUCUGUUCUGACCAAGAAGGUACUUCGAAUACAUCUCACGAUCCAGCUCAUGCCAUCGAAAUUAUCGACAAUCUCUACGACUAUCUACAAUGGACCACUUGGAAAGAUUGCGGCACAUGUCCAGACGAGCAGAUCUGCUACAUCCCCAUAUGGCCCAUGGGCACUCACGAGGAUCACGCGCAACCACGUUGCCGCACCGAGGACGAGGCGCAGGAUCGAUGGGGUUAUUGGGGUCCUAUACCAUAA